AUGACUCCAAUUGAAGCUGCGCUUGCGCAUAUAAAUGCACUUGAACCUGGAGAGAAACUUGUCUAUCAAAAAAUUGCAGAUCAAUACAGUUGCAGUCGGUCAACGUUGUCGCGGAGGCACCGGCAGCAGACAACGUCGCGUGCAGUCAAGGACUCUGAGCAGCACAAACUCAACCCACAACAAGAGGCAGAGCUUGUAAAGUAUAUACAAGAACUCACUACCCGUCGCUUACCACCUACAAGAGAGAUGAUACGAAAUUUCGCCUCUGCUGUAGCGCAGGAGACGCUCUCUGAUAGCUGGGUCACUCGCUUCCUCCACCGUCACAACAACUGCCUCCUGCCACGUUGGGCCACCGCUAUGGACUCCAAUCGCCACUACGCCGAGUCAUAUACCAAGUAUAAACAGUACUUUGAUAUACUCUACUCUAAG